AUGCUCCCCCAUUGUUUUCGGACAAAGAAGUGGGAUGAAGGUCUUAGCAUAUUAUCGAGCAGUGCUGAGUCGUUGGAGUCGUUAGCCUGGAAAGUGCUGUUCCUGCAUAGCAAACAAACAGCUGGUCCGGAGGUUUGCCAUCAAAUUGGACGCUUCCUGGAUCUCGUCAGCAGUCAACUUCAAAAAACACCGAACAUCAGCGAAACAUGGCCUCCCAUAGAGAUGCAGCUUCAAAAACUCAUUGUCCCAAUCCUGGAUAAUAACUACUGUUUUGAGGCAAUGAGGGCCUUAGCUCCGCUGAUCACAAGCGACGUAAAGUUUGGUCCGCAGUUUGCUUGGGUCCCUCGAGCGUUAUUGUUGUAUUCUCUCCCACGCGGGUUAGCCGAAAAUGACAAUGAUUUGAGUCCAAAGACCAUGUUGACUUGGUUAAGUCGGUUAUGUGAUAAGUCACCUAGAGGCGAACUGAGUCAUGUCUUAUUUCUUCUAUGGUCAUGUGAUUAUGAUUCUGAUCCUCGAGCUAGCCAGGUAAAGCUCAUAGUUGCACAGAGGAAGUUGAAACUGUGGCUGGAGGAACUCGGCCCGGAUAACAAGUUUGAAACGUUGAGAAGGCACAUAGAAACAGAGAUAGCUGACGAAGACCCGCAAAUGGAUUUAAAGUCGGCGCUGGCUGAAGCUUUGAUAUUGCGGCUGGACUGCUUUUGGCUGAGUAAUGAAUGGAGAAUAGCGUGCCUUGAGAGGACCCUUUUGAAUUACACUGUGGACCGCUGCAUAGGAGAACUGGAUCAGGACAGGGCGAUAUUGCUACAGGAGCUGCCUGAAUCUUUGCUUUACUGGGCAAACCGACGGAUGUCGGAGUACUACCUUAGAUUAGCUCAGGUUGCAGCGGAUGUCGCAUCGGAACUAGUACCAAAUCAGGAGACGUCGAGAGGCACCUCCUAUAAUGUAUUAAAACGAGCUUGGGAGGUAUGGGAGCACCCUGAAGACCUAGGACUCAUGAUGACGGCAUUUGAAUCUAGGCUUCCGGUUCUGGAAGCUGUAUCACUCCAGGAUGCAGAAAAGGAGUUGUCAACACACUCGGUCCCAAUUCAACUUCAAUGCUGGCUGCUCACUAAACGAGUAGACCAAGUGGGCAGAAUUGAAGGACUUUUUUCGGAGGCGUUUUCAAUGAGGCUCCCACUAUCUGAUUGCCAAGCCCUGUUGGCUGCUGCUCAAGAAUUCGUGGAAGCAACCAACGACGACCGUCUGAAAACUCAUCUGACAUCGGCCAUUGCGCAACUGAAAUGGACCACCGCUAUAUUUGCAACUGGUGAUUACCCGCCAGGAUCAUUGCCUCCAGAAUUAUUGCGUGAGAAGAUGGAGGGUUGCUACCCCUGUGAGCAGGCUGCAUUCGUCUGGGAAGCGGCAGCAGUAUCAGGUAAUUAUAAGGGAGCUAAUCAAGACCGCUUUGCGGCCGUUUGGGACGAAUUAUGUGGUCUAAGGGAAGACCGGAAGUUAGGUCCGAAGUCGUCGGGUCUGAAAUCGGGUCUAAAGUCGGUUGUGAAGACGGAGGUGUUGUGGACCAAUAAGGUGCGGGUCCUUUGGGAAUAUCUCGCCUUGACGGUGUGCGAUGUGCGAUUGGCGUCGGACAGAACAUUUGAUGCAAACAUCGAGCAGUUGGGGGAGGAGUUGUUGCCUUGGGUGGACCGUAGUGAGCUGAUUUGUUUCCUGUGCCUGUGUUGUCACAUUUACUGUGGUUCGAAACAUGUGCCGGAAUUGUUGGAAAAAUCUUCGUUGAAGGCGGUCCAGCUAUACUCAGUGGCAUGGGCUCUGGGUGGCAUGGAGCGUUUGUGGAAAGUGUCGCGGUCGCAGUUGCCGCGAUUGCAGGCGUCUUGGUCGGAGUUUUCGCUGCCAAGUCGCGCGCACUUGGCCGGCGUGGAGCUGCCUGUGCGAGUCAAGACGGGAGCCGGGAGUACGGGGCUGCUGAUGCUGGACAAAGGCCCGUUGCAGGAUUUGAGACAGUUUGCUGAAAGCUACCAGGCCUGGGAGCCGCUGGUCAGCAGAGGCCGUCGGUACAUUGAUCUAGUUGCACAGGUUAGCUCUCAGACGCAGGACAGCGCGGAAGCAGCCCAAGUUAUGCGCACCUACAACUGGGCCGACGAGCUCGACGUUAAGGGCGACCUCUCCUUCAUACUAGGUCCCACCCGAAACGUGCGCAACCUCACUCUCGGCCUGGGCAAACUGGUGAGUCGACUGCUCGGCCAACACCUCCAGCAUGCCGAAGCUGACGGGUCAACUGACGAGUCAGGUGACGGGUCAACCAAAACCUGGAUGCAAGACUCCAAGUACGCCGCACUGCAGCUGGCUAUUGAACGACGAGUGCGCGGUAUUGCCAAAGGCCCCCUGGCAAACGUCCUAGACAACGGUGUCGAGGGGAUUGGUAGUGGGGUGGCGUUGUGGGAUGAGCGGACGCUCAGCGUUUUUUCAGCCCUAUAA